AACGCAAUUAACGUAUACCCUGAUACACCAAAAUAUACACUGGUUGUAAUAUCGCAGCGGCAAAGAUGGAUGGAACCCAGGAGCUAUUUGAUAGUACAUGGGCUACACAUAAGUCUAAUGCUGCCUACUGGGCGGACAAGGGUUCCAUGCCGGCAAUAUUGGUCUUGAAGAAGCUAUGUAGCGCUGGAAGCGGUGUUGAAUUUACUAUAGAAUCUUCCGGCGUUCUGCUAUGCCAGAUUCCUGACCAGAACAUCGCAGUAAACAUGUUGGACCCUAGUGGAAUUUGCAGUCGUCGUGGCGAAGCGUACUCUAUAGGCGAUGUGAUUCUCUUGUUGUGCAUUCGCAGGACAGACUACAGUUACAGCUCCAUUACUCAGCGUGGAUUCAAGUACGUCAACGUACUGGAGCGAGACCGCAUCAAGUCGAUAUUAACUGACCCUGACACUGCGCCUGAGUUGUUGGAAGCCAAGGUACGCUACACAGUGUUGAACGAUGAUCUAGGCAACAUUGGUCCCAGUGACCCUGACGAGGAGCAUAGUAAAGUACCCGUACACCAGGACAAGUGCAAACGUUCGGUCAGUGAGGUGUUGACCAUGGUCGAUGGGUGGCGUACCGACUUCAUGGGUACAUGUGCUGAAGAAGGCUCUGACACCUACAAGGUUGCUAGAAAGAAGUACCGCAACCUAUGUGUGUUUGCUGCUAGUGUACUGGACCGUCCUUUGAGGACCCGGAUAUCGCUGCUAACAGCUUAUGGCGAGGGCUUUGAGCGUGUGCUGCAGAAGCUGGAUUCCGUAGAGUCACUCAAGUCCGAGCCUCAGUCACGUCCAGCAAAGAAGCUGGUGGUCAACGUCCUCCGACCACAGCAUAAGAUGCGAGUUCUCGACGAGAUUUGCAGCAAGUAUCGGAAGAAGCCUGUUAUCAUAGUGCCCAGUAGUUCCAUGUCACUUUUAUGUCGCCAGAACAUCAAGCAGCUGCUUGAGGACCACCAGUUUGUGGAUGCCCAGGAGUCAGUGCGUACUGGUGGCCCUGUGACGUCCACGCUGCCCAUGAACGCCGUGGAGGUUGUGCAUAACAUCUGUGGUCGGGCCAUAAAGUUCCGUGUUGUUGAGAGUUCUUACACUAGCAAAUUCACGACUUCUGAUUGGAUCAGUGUCGUUUGCGUGGUAUUGAACGUCAAGGGCGGCCAAUGGCAGUUCAAGGGCUACCCUUUUGAAUCGUUGGUGGACAUAUUCGUGACGAUGAAGGGUGUCUUGUUCACUUACGACACUGACAGUGUGCCCGCCGAGAUGAGCAACUGGGACGUGAAGGUACUUCGCAUAAACCGUAGCCAUCGUCACCAUGACGCUUCCAUUGCCAAGGAGUUUUGGGAGUACUUGGAGAGCUUUCUUCUUCAGCCUCGUCAGCGCAAGAUACACUCGUCCAAGAGGCUUUCGUGAGCACCACCUCGGCGAGAUAGUAGUAAUGAUCCCAUCAACUGACUACACUAAUUCUUAAAGUAGAGAUAGGUG